CCUGAUGUUAAAUGACAUUUUGGUGAUGUUUGUCCGUCCCUGAACAUUUUAUAAAGUUGUUGGUUAAGAACAAAGAUCUUUUGUUUUUAUAACUAGUUACAAUGAGUUGGUAUUCCAAGAAAGAUGUACUUAAAGAUCUUGCUCAGGCGAUGGGAGGCAGGUUCAAAGAUAUCGACGAACAGCAUAUUGUGGUUGGUGAGCAACCGCCGCCUAUUUGUACGACGACUGAAGAUGAUGAUGAGUUAUUGUUAAGAUUAAAGCAAGGACUUACACAAGAAGAGAUGGACCAUGGGCCUGAUUUGGCAGGAAUAACAGAAAUGUUGCGAAUGGUUGACAAUUUUGAUGACAGUGAGUGUAAAGAAAACCAAUGCUCACAACAGAAUGACAGCAAUACAGUCAUAUGUAUAUCCAAAUUAAAUCCUGCUGUACCAGAAUUUAUUCCAAAGGAAUCUGAAGACAAGCAAUCUGUAGAAAACAUUGAAACGGGGAAUAAAAAUGGAAUAAAAGAUGUAGGGACAAUAAAUAAUGAGGAGAGCAUUAAAGAAAUCAGUGAAAGGCUCAAAAAUAAAAUAAUUAGCCCAACAAAUGAAAAUGUUUGUAUUAAAAUGAAAAGUGAAAGAAAUAUAGCAAUCGCGUCACUGUUGAAGCUUUAUUCGGAUCCUCCGAUGACAAGUGGUGUCAAUGAAAACCCACCGAUACUACUCACACCUCAACAUUUUGAAAAACCUUAUGUAGAUGAUACAAAAAUCAAUGACGCUCCUCAAAAAUCAAAACCACAAAAUGAUAUUUUGAUUGAUACUGAAACAAACAAUGUUGAAAAUAUGAGAGAAGUUGAUAAUUCAGUUGCAAAAGUUAAAAGUUGGUUAAAAAUGGACGAGAAACCAAAACCCUUAGGCAAAGCAUUAUUCUUAGGCCCGGUUACAUUUAAAAAGAAGGAAAUCGUUAAACCGAUAACCCCAAUAUCGGAAGUGUCAGAGAAGACAUCAUGUAAUUCCCCCUCAUAUGUACCUACAGAGUACGCUGAGAAACUAACAGAGACAUUUAAAAUGAGGGUAAAAGCCAAAGAGGAGAAGACCUUGGAUAUGUGGUCUCGUCUAGAGAGGGAUUUAAAAGCAAAAGACGAAGAUAUUAGACAAGGGAAUCUACAAGCCGGCUCUACCGCAAAGGGUCAAGGACGUCGCAAGCAACGUGCUAACUAGCUAUUAAAAAAUACUAUGGUGAGUUACCAUCAGCAUAUUCCAUCAUCUUAUACUCUCUUACACUUAACCUUUUUAACUAUCAAAUAAAAACAGUAUGAAAGACAUAUCUUAAAAAAAAUAUUAAGACCAUCUUCAUUGGUGUACCAUGUAGCAAUGACAAAUAUAUCAAUUGUGAUGUUUACUUAUUUAUCGGUAGUCAAUUUAAAUUAAGGAAAUUGUAUAUUUCUUCUUAAAUAACAUUUUAAAACCUAUAUGUUCAAUUUUUUGAACUAUUAAGUUUUUAACUCAAUUUAUUGACAAAGAGCUUAAAAUUAGUGUAAGUAUUUUUAAGUGGAAAGGCAUCAAUGGGUAAUGUGAAAUUUAUGGAUAUAUUUAUAUAUUCUGAAUAUAAAAUAAUGACUAAAGACAUUUCCAUAUCCAUUUGUGCAUAUAGGAGAUAAAAUCCUACAGACAGCUGUAUAAGGGUUGGUUAACAGCUGUGGCGCUGUAAACUGGUCUUUACUAAUGUUGCCGCAUCAUUUGACCAAUAGUUACACACAAAUACCAGGCUUGUAGCAAUAAGAAGCACAUACUCUGUACACUAUUUAUCUCCUCAUGCAUCUUUACUCUGUUGCCUUGGUUACAGUAACUAUGACAAUUACCUUCCAAUAUUUAAACACUUGAUUAGUUGUAAAAAUAUUUAGAAAAAAGCUCAGUUUAAUGAUAUUGCAGAAAUGGAGUUUAAUUUGUAAUUUAUACCAACUGUGAAAAAUUAAAUCACAUCAGAAAUAUAUGGACAUAUGUAAAGCCACAUGACAAAUGAUUUCAGACAAAUAAUUUUGCCUAUAAAUCUCGGGGAAGAAUAUAAAACUGUGUUAAUCGUCUGUUUAAAAGAUUGAUGAAAAUAAAAAUGUUGCCAAAAAACUAAUUUAUAUUUUAUAAAUUGUGUAGUAAAAGAGGAUGCCUAUAAUUUUAUUUUAUAAUUAUGGGACAUGAACACAUUAAAUUGUAAUGAAAUGUACUGAUCUUCGUAGAUCAAUCAAUACUCAAAACAAAGGUGGUGAAAAAGGUUUUUAAAAUGUGCUUUAAUGUUUUCGAAAAUUUUAAGGAUGUCUAAAAAGUUGUAGCCAAAGGAAAUAGCAUGGGAUGCUAUAGGUUAAAUUAUACUUGAUUAUUAAGUAUUUUUGUCUGGAAGACAAAUAAAAAUGUAUAAGUGUUGUUCUAGGAUUAUUUUAUUCUAGAAUUCAACAUAGAUGACUAUUUCUUUUGAGAUUUUCUUUUACUUGUCAGUAUUAUGGGUAUUCUGAAUAAGUAGUUGUUAAGUAUAAUAUUGGCCUUUCAUACUGUUAACGUAAAUAUAUAAUUGUCUCAACAGAAGCAAAAGGACGAGAAAAGUGUAAAGGAGAGUAUAAAUAGGUCAUGAAGGUGGAAAAUGUGAAAUGUGUGUCAGUAUGUUUUUCACAGAUUUUUCGUAUUGCUCUUACGGAAAUAACAAAUGUCUAUUAAGUCUGAAUUGAAUAAAUAAUUUUUAAUAUUGAA